UUAAUCUGGGGGGAGGUACAUGCUAAUGAGGGCUGACAUCACAUGCUAAUGAGCUGUGACAUCAUAGCUGAUGUAAGGUCUAACUGACCAAUCAGAGAGUAGGACCGGGAGAUUCAAGAACAUUCCUUGAGUAGCCUUUAAAACCCCUUUGGGACCAUGUGGUCCUUUGUCUCUCCCUCCCUCCUCCUCUUUGUUCUCUGGGCAGCUGGGCAGCUGGCUGUGAGCAAUGCAGGUGGAGUGGGCAAGGAGCCAGCUCCCUGCAUCCAGAAACUCAACAAGGACUGCAAAUCCCAUCACUCUAGUUCCUGGCCUUGGUGGAGCAUGUGAAAAGCCGGCCGCUGGACGGGGCCUCGCUGACCCUGGACUGGCUGGAGCAAACGGACAGCCUCCUGGUGCAGAGUCACGGCGGAGAGCGGCUGCGCGAAGACCUGCUGGAGCUCUACUUUGAGAGCAAGCGGAGUGGCGGAGGAGAUGUGCGGGCGGUCAGGAUCCUCCCAGGGGCAACCAUGGCAGUCAUCUCUUUCCAGGACUGGGCAGUGGCAGAGAGAGUGCUGCAAAGACCCCACCAGCUCUCGGGGGGGCAGUCUGGACGUCUGUCCCUACUAUGACUUCUUGGAGCCCACAGAAGGGAAGGUGGAAGAACCAGGAGGAGGAGAAGCCUUGCCAAGGGAUGAGGGGACCCCUCCAGUGACCUGCAUCCCCCUCCCGGAAGAGGCCCCACAGCGCCUGCUCCAGUCCAGCCUCGUCUUACAAGAGCUGGGGGGCCCUGUGCCGGAAUGCUCCCUCCAGCUGGAGGGCCCUCGGCUGUGCAUCUCAGGCGGGGACUCCAUUGGCCAAACCCGGCUGGAGGCGCAUGUCCGAGUGGCCUUGGGGGAGGUGGUCCGGGAGCGCCUGCCCUUCUCCUCCUGGGAACUGGAGUUCCUCCAGCGGGAGGAUGUCCAACAGGGCUUGGCGGAGAUGCUGGUGGAGCAGCAGGUGGGGGCCUGCUACCUGCCCCCCGAGGAAAGUGGGGUGGUGGUGGUGGCCUUGACUGCCCCCUCGGCCCGCCUGGCCACUUCCCUCCUGCGCUCAGCCCUUACCCACUUCUUGCUGCCCCUCUCGGAGCGGCACCUGCUGGCGCUGGCCUCCCCCUCCUGGGACCACCUGCGGGCAGAGCUGCGGUGUUGCCUGGUGCGCCUGGCAGAGAACGGGGAGCGCCUGGAGGGUCUGACUCUGGCAGGGCUGGAGCCGGAGAAUGUGGGGCAGCUGGAGGCCUUCCUGCGGGACAGCGUGCCAGACGAGACCGUGGUGGCCAUGGAGCCUGCGCAGCUUCGCUUCUUGCAGCUCUACCACCAGGAGGUCCUUGCUGGAAUGGCCAACCUCACGCCACUGCCCCUGGAGGGAGAGGACAUCACUGGCUUGCGGCUUAGUGGCAAAGCCCAAGCAUGCCAAGCGGCGGCCGAUUUGCUGCAGAGCUUGCUGAGUGCUAUGCAUACCCAGACGGUAGUCCUGGAACAGCUGCCCGGCGUGAUCCGCUUCCUGCUGGAGGAGCGCGGCCAGGCCAUCGUCCGGGCCCUGGAGCUGCGCUUCCGUUGCGCUGUUGGGCUGGAGCGACUGUGCUGGGCCCCACUGGAGGCACAGCAUGAACUGGAAAGGUCUUGGGAUCCACUAGCCGUGAGUUGCCAACGAGAUUCCCCGCACAGAUCACAGUGGUCAAAGGGCCCGGAUGAUGCAACCUGUGUGCAGAGCAGAGCCGACAUGGCGGAGAUCAGGGGCCUCUUGGCUGCCCUCCAGCCCCCCGAUGUGGCUGUGGCUGUCCCGGAGGAAGGAGGCCUUGCUGGAGGGGAGACGGUGCCGGCGGGGGCAGAAGAGGAGGAUCUCUACACAGCUGCACCAGUGGCUCCCCUUGAGAAAGAAGGGGUGCAGGACAGUGUGCCCCCGAACCCAGAGACAGUUGAGGCAGGUUCCCUGCCUGGCACAGCCGUCAGCACCAAUGACGAGGAGGCUGAGCUGCUGCUGGCCAUCCAGCAGUCCAUGGACAGCGUCCGGCAGGAAGAGGAAGAGAUCCGGCAGGCCACCGAGCUCUCCCUGCUCUCCUGGCAGCGGGAGCAGGUGCCCAGUCCAGACUCCGAGGCUGCCGCCCUCCGGUCCGCCAUGAGUGUCUCCCUGGAGGCGAGUGAUUCGGCUCAGCUGGUGGUCUGCACAGAGUCCGAGGCGGCCGUGGAGCUCCUAGUCCAGGAGCUGGAGGCCACACUGCGGGCACACCUGCGGGAGGAGGAGGUGGUCCACCAGGCCUUGCGCUCGCCGCCUGCCUUGUGCCUGGACUAUCUGACCCACUUGGAGCGGAGGCAUGGGGUGCGGAUCUCAUUGGCAGACUCGGUGGCCACGGUGCGCGGCUUCAUGGAGUACCCUGUGGGCGCCACCCGUGACAUCGCACUGCUGGUUUCCCGUUUCCUGCCGACAAUGGAGGUGCCGGGGGGCUCUGGAGGGGCCUGCUGGGUGCGCUGGGAGGCUUCUGGCCGGGAUUCCCCCACCCCAUAUUCUACUCAGGCCAGUGCCCUUCUGGAGCAGGCGUGGUGCCAAGGACACAAGCGGCUGGAUGUCUUCUUCGACGGGCGACCCUUCACCUUCAACUUUGAGCGGAUGGAGGAAUACGAUCUGGGUAAUGCGCGCACGCUGCCCAUUGGCCGCACAGAGCCCCCACCCAUAGCUGCCCCAGACCCCCUUGUUCCCUCAACAUUGACAGAGGAGGCUCCGACAUUGGUGCCGCUGGUCGAGGGCUCAGAUGAGUUCCGAGAAACCGUCCGCAAUUUCUACUGCGCGCUGGAGCACUUCCAUAACAAGAUCUGCCUCGUCAAGGUGGAGAAGCUGGUACACCCGCUGCUCUACCAGCAAUACCAGCUGAAGAAAGCUGCCAUGGAGAAGGCCUGCGGGCACCAGCAGGUGGAACGGGUCCUGUACCACGGCACCACGAAGGAGUCCACCCAAGAGAUCUGCCUUCACGGCUUCAACCGCAGCUUCUGUGGCAAGAACGGUACGCGCUACGGCAACGGGGUCUACUUCGCCAGUAGGCCUUUCUCGGUUCAGGACCAGUACUCACCCUGCAGCGGCAACGGCAACAAGUACAUCUUUGUUACCUUGACCCUGGUGGGGGACUAUGCGGUGGGGAGCCUGGCAUGCGGGCACCACCUUCCGGGAAGGAGAUGCCACUCACGCCGCUACGACAGAACUGUGGACAAGAGCCGGGAUCCCUCUAUCUUUGUCAUUUUCAACGACACGCAGGCCUAUCCCCCCACCUCAUCACCUGCCGGUGUCAAGGCCACGCUGAGGGUGGCCAAGGACUGGGCUGCCACUAUGCCGGGACCCCCCCACACACACACACUGACCGACCGAGCUGCCCUCAUUUGCCCUGCCCACAAGGGUCCUGACGUCCAGGUCUUCAUGAACCAGCAGCCGGUCCGAUACAGAGAUCCAAAAGGUAACACAAGGAACGUCAGAGACCCAGGCAGAGAUCAAGACAACCAGCAAUCCAUCCAGGAACAAGGCAGUAGCAAGGCUUCUACCAAAGAAAGAGGGAUAGUUGUCAGACAUACGUCAACAUGA